AUGAAGGAGCCUUCUUAUGUGGAAGAAAGUUUAUUAGGAUUACAUUUUAACGAGUAUCCGCCGUCUUUUGAUGUUAACAAUAGGUAAGAGUGCUUUUAACAAGCGUAGUAUACGUUUACAGGAACUUUGCUUUGGUUUCUCGGACGUCUGUUAUUGUGUAUGAUGUUAGAACAGGAACUAGAAGGAACAUUUUUCAACAUCCAACAGCAAUUGUUGGUGUAAAAUGGACUGAAGAUUAUGUAAGUUGCAAUUUAUGGUGUAUAUUGAUGUUUAGUUGAUAACCAUUUCACAAAAAGGAGAAGUCUUCAAGUGGAAUGUAGAGCAGAAUGAACUUACGGAUACUCACAAAAUCAAGCUACCAGGUCGCCUUAUAUAUGUUUAUUCUGUAGAAGAUCAGUUAUUUGGUCUUCUCAACGCGAAAUCAGGAGAUGUUUUAGGUAAAUUCGACUUGAAGAAGUACGAAACGAGUAUUGUGCUAAAUCUUCCUGGGAAGAUUGAGAAAGCUAAACGGCUUGCUGUUGGAGAAAAUUAUGUAGCCUAUGCUAAUGGAAGACAGAUGAAUAUAUUGGGAUUUGACGAAUCUUUUACUCCAACUAAUAAAGAGUUCUUCUUUGGACCAAGCUUUGGGAUGGAGUUCAAUGAUAAGGUGGCGUUUGAGACUGUGAAGAUUGUCAAGAACAAUUUGUUUGCUGUGCUCAACUUCGGGAGAGUCUACUGUUGGCAAGUUAAUUCAGAAUAUUUAUGUUAUUUUUAAUUACGUGUGUUUCUUUUGAUAUCUAAAGUUGUUAUGUUUUCAGGAAUAAAGUGGACGAAUUUGGACUGAGUUUUUCCAAUCGAACCUUCUUUCAUUCUCAUAACUCCGAAGUUACUAUUGCUGUUACCAGUCUGUUGGCUGUGUUUUGUGGAACAGGGAACUCUCGCGUAGACAAGUGGAAUAUGACAACAUCAGGAAAAGGAAAGUACGAACAGUUUCACGCCAUGGAACGCGUAGAUGCACCAGUAGACUGUCUAUGGUUGAGCAACGAUGACAGUGUUCUUUUGACUGUUUUGGCCGAUAACAGUCUGGUUGUGUUAAACACCUCAACCUUGGCUGUUAUAUCUCGUCCACAAUCUAUUCAAUGGUCGUGUGAACCGGUUUUGGAUUGGUUGAAGCUAAAGACAGACGUGGAGCAUCCAAAUUACAUUAUCAGUAACAGUAGACAUGGCUAUGUACAGUGGGUGGAUCCGGUAAAGUGGAGGACAAUAGCUGAGGUAACGUUCACUUUUAUUGAUAUCUGAACUUGAAUUGUAUUAUUUUUGUAUUCAAACGCUUUUCUCAAUUAACUUUUAAUUUUUCAGUUUGAUGUAGCCAAAGAGAACGCUCCAACCAGAGACGGUGUGGCUAUUCCAGAUUAUGAUUGGACUAACGUAUACCAAAUGGCACUUUCAUCAUCUCUGAUAGUAACUUGUCAGUCUCAAAGAUUUUCUCCUGAUAAGGUAAGUUUGUUGGCGAUUAUAUUGGUGUUUUAUUUUUCGUUUUAUACGGAACUGGGCUUACAAGAAACUUUCAGACCGUUAUCAAGUUUUUCGCCCGCCUGCCGACUAGAGCCAUCAACGACAUGAAGUACCUGAAUUCGGUGGAAUUGGACUUUAAGGUCAAGUUUUUGGUAUUAAGUCAUGGAGAAGACAAGCACACAGCUUAUAUGGCAAACACAGAGAAACAAUACGUUGUAGCUGCAGGGUACGAUGGGAAGAUACGAAGCUUCCAUGUAGACCCCACGAGACAACGGAAGUUCUGCCUCGACCUUACCAAGUGUGUGUCGUGGUAUAACACUCAGAUAUACGACUGUUCUUCUGUGAGGUUCGACUUGUUUGCUACAGUAAAUGGGUUGGAUGAGAAUGACACUUUUGUUGUCAUUUGGAACGGAUUGACCUUUAAGGCGAUCGAAUGUCUAGACCAAGCUCCAGGUGUUCGGUCAGUAGCGUGGGCCCCAGUAGCCAAGACUAGAGAUGUGUUGUUGAUGUCGGGCGAUUGUGGAGUUGUAGCAUUUGAUGCGGUGGAAAGGACCUUUACAUGGGCGAUUCAACAGUCUGGACUGAACUUGUUCUGCGACAAGUUUAUAUCGUUUGCCUACAACAAAACUGAAGGUAAUUGUUUUUUAUAAUUAGAUGUGUUAAAAAAAAUUAUAUAAUUUUUUUAACACUAAGUCUUUCAGUUUUAUGGUUUGAUCCCCUAGAUGGUAACUUGAUCAAAAAACUGUCCUUCUCCAAUCCACAAGACCAGGUCGUAGCCACAGGCAACGAAAGAAACUUCAGGUUCAGCGGGUUGAACUCUCAGGUAAGUCAACCUUGAUUAGUGGUCUUAUUUACAUUUCAUUCGCUUUGAUUACUUUAUUUAUUUUAGGGUCUGUCUUUAUUGAAACCCGAGAUCGAUGAGAACCAAGCACUUCGGGAAGUUACUCUAGACCUCAAGAAGACUCCAUUCUCUGCUCUAGCUGAAGGUGUACGAAACCAGAAGGCCGAGCACGAAUUUAACAAACGCAUUAACACAUCCAAGACAUUGUCGGCUAGAAAGCUACUGGAAGGUACCGCUUACACCCUGGCCCCUCUCACCAAACUUGGCCCUACUUUUGUGGAAAGCUGUCUCAUCCUGAAACAAGUGGACUGA